UUAUUUGUAUAGCCAACGUAGCUUUUCACUGUAAACAUGACCGUGUUGUAACCCAGUUCGUGACUACUGGUCUGGCCGGUUACAUUGUCAGUGUCAUGUCCCGAUACAGCGUCGACAGCGUAUAGACGACUGCUUGUGGUUUAUCGACCAGGCACAUUGGAAACGUUUGGUUUGGACAAAUCAGCCCGCCAUCUGAAAUGGAGACUUUGCUGAAGAUCUGCAGGUAGACAUUCGGCUUUCCUUCCUCCACUGCUGCAAAUGUGAAGAAGAUACAUUCCAGACACUUUCACCAACACUGACAGCAACUGAACUACAGCCGUCCACACCUAAUACUCCUCCUCCAAACCUGCUUCCCUGCACACCUCACUGCCUAAAGUCUUCAGCAUGUAUCAGAUUGUCCCUGUGGCUCCUGGAGAGCAGCAAACGGCCGGAGGAGCUGGUGGUUCUCCCCUGAAGAAGAAGCUGGCUCAUGAGGGCCGACCUCUGGUGAUGGCCGGCAUGUUGGGCUGUGUGUUGGUGCUGGCUGCUGUGGUUGCCUGGUGCUACUACUCAGCGUCCCUCCGUAAAGCCCAGCUGCUGAAGGCUGAGCUGUUGGACCUCAACAAGGAUGGUUUUAUUAUUCGUAACCAGGCGGGGGCUGUCAUCUUUAGUAUGACCUUCAGGUCUGGCACUCUGGAUCUGGACUCCUGCUCAAAGGAGGGAAAUAUUCUCAGCUGCACUCAGUCAGAUUCUGGCAAGCUCAACUUCUUUAUCCAGACAGUUCGACCAAAGGACACAGUGAUGUGUUACCGUGUUCGGUGGGAGGAGCUGCAAAAUGAGCAUUCGGUGGAGCACGCCAUGGCCUAUAAUGACUCUCACUGGUACGGAGGGGCAGAAACAGCAACGCAGUAUUGGCCUGUCAGGAUCCAGGGUGAGGAGGAACCACAGCCCUUCAUCACCGGUGAUGUCUACUCGAAUCGGAACGCUUUUGGGGGAAUCUUAGAACGCUAUUGGCUGUCUUCGAAUGCGACUGCCAUCAAGAUUAAUGACUCAGUACCGUUUCAUUUGGGCUGGUCAGAGAAGGACAGGACGCUAAGGUUCCAGGCCCGAUACCAGGACUCUCCCUUCAGACCACCAGAGGGUCUGCAGGCCUUCCCUGAGCUAAGCUAUAGAGUGUGUGUGGGGUCAGAUGUUACCUCUAUUCACAAAUACAUGGUGCGUCGGUAUUUCCCAAAGCCUAUCAAGGUCCCGUCUCCUGAAGUGUUCAAACAACCACUGUGGUCCACUUGGGCUCUCCACAAGACGGCUGUAACUCAGGAGAAGCUGCUGCGCUACGCCUCUGACAUCACCAAGCAUGGCUUCACAUGCUCCCACCUGGAGCUGGAUGACCGCUACACCGCCGACUAUGGAGAGUUUGACUUUGACCCGCAGAAGUUCCCCAAUGCUAGCGGUAUGUUUGACAAACUGAGAGAGGACGGGUUUCAAGUGUCACUCUGGACUCAUCCUUUUAUCAACUAUGACUCCAUUAAUUUUGGCGUUGCUGUGGAGAAAGGACUUUUUGUCCGGGAGCCAAGCGGUGAGCUGCCCGCUCUGGUUCGCUGGUGGAACGGCAUUGGAGGAAUCUUGGACUUUACCAACCCAGAAGCCCGUGAGUGGUACUCCUCACAUCUGCGUAUGCUCAAACUCCGCUAUGACGUGACGUCCUUCAAGUUCGAUGCGGGAGAGACAAGUUACCUCCCGCGCCAGUUUAGCACCCUGCUCCCACUGUCCGACCCCUCCACCUUCACUCGCCGCUACACAGAGAUGGCCAUACCGUUCAGUGAGCGCGCAGAGCUGAGGGUGGGUUACCAGAGUCAGAACAUCUCCUGCUUCUUCAGGAUCAUCGACAGAGACUCUGUGUGGGGUUAUGAGCUCGGCCUCAAGUCCAUCAUCCCGACUGUUCUGACCAUUAGCGUUCUGGGCUACCAGUUUGUCUUACCUGAUAUGAUAGGAGGGAAUGCAUACCCCAACCGCACCACAGGUGCUUCAGAUGGCAAAAAUGGUCUGCCAGACCGAGAGCUGUACAUCCGCUGGUUGGAGUUGUCUGCUUUCAUGCCUGCCAUGCAGUUCUCUAUACCACCGUGGGCCUAUGACAAUGAGGUGGUACAGAUAGCGCAGAAGUUCACAGAGCUCCAUGAGAAUCUGGUGGCCCCGAGGGUUCUUGAACUGGCUGGUGAGGUUCUUGAUACAGGGGACCCAAUCAUAAGGCCUCUCUGGUGGAUCGCCAAUGACGAUGAGGCAGCCUAUAAGAUUGACUCUCAGUUCCUGAUCGGGGAUGACCUGAUGGUGGCUCCGGUAUUAGAGCCAGGAAAGCAGGAGAGGGACAUCUACCUGCCUGCAGGACGCUGGAGAAGCUACAAGGGGGAACAUUUUGAUAAAGGCCCCAUGUACCUCACUGACUACCCUGUGGACCUGGACGAGAUAGCUUUCUUUACAUGGGUUCACUGAAAACCCUAAAGAAUUAAAGACACAUAAACGCACACACACUGACACGCACUGACACACACACACACACACACACACACACACACACACACACACACACACACACACACACACACACACAUACUGUUUGCACAUGUACAUUCUUGUGAGCACACAUGCCAAGAAAAAGCAAAAGAUGUUUGUUUUUCAAAGGAAAUGACCACUAGUGACCUGCUGCUGCAGAAGAAUGUGAUUUUGGUAAAGAUUAAGCUCAUGUCCCCUCUGACCUGCUCUUCAUCUGGACACCUGCCUGCAGAUUGUAAGAUUAAGAUCAAGAUCAAGAUAACCUUUAUUGGCAUUGAGCAUAACAUGUCAAUGAAAUUUGCAUUGCAACCCCUGUGUAGAAACAAGAUAAUAAAAAAGAUAAGAAAGAUAAUAAUAUGAAAUAAAAUAAAG